AUGACAGCCAAGCAAAGAUUGGAAUCAGUUGUUGAAAAGGUAUUGGAGAAGCUGGAGACAAGACAAAAAUUAGUGCCUGAACAUUUAGUUGGACUUGAUGACCGGGUAAAACACUUGACAGAAUUAUUAGAUGUCAAUUAUCGUGAUGUGCGGCUCAUUGCAAUUUAUGGAAUGGGUGGCAUUGGUAAAACAACUAUUGCCAAGGUCAUCUUCAAUCAUUUGUCUUUCCACUUUGGAAAGUGUCGUAGCUUCCUUGAGGACGUUCGAGAAAGCUCGUCGACCAAAGAGGGCAUAGUCGAAUUACGAAGAAAUUAUUAUCGACGUUGUUGGUUCCGGAUCGUAGAACAAUUCAAGGAUAGUGAACAUGGAAUGCAAAGGAUUGGAGACACACUCAGCACUAAGAAAGUCCUUGUGGUUUUGGAUGAUGUUGAUAAUAGAGAGCACAUAAAGAAACUAAUAGGACAUUCUUUGUUACAUUUAGGAUCUAGGAUAAUUAUUACAACAAGAAAUAUAGCCAUUUUGCAAGUUGAGGGAUUUAAAGGUAAAAUUCUACCGUUCGAGAUGCUAAAGAUGGAUGAUGGUCUUGCACUUCAACUUUUUUGUCGACAUGCCUUUGGUAGAGACAUUCCUCCAGAUGAUUAUCAAGAAAUUUCAAGUGAAAUUGUCUCAAGUACUGGAGGGCUUCCAUUGGCUAUUGAAGUGACAGGUUCAUUACUUAGAAGGAGAGAUGAAGCAUUUUGGAAAGAGACGUUUGUCCGGUUAAGGAAUGUACCUGAGGAAGGGAUUUUAAAAAAGUUGAGGAUUAGCUAUGAUGACUUAGACGUAUAUCAACAACAAAUAUUUCUUGAUAUAGCAUGCUUCUUUUUCAAUAAAAGUAAGAUUGAUGCAAUUUACAUGUGGACCGAUUGUCAAUUUUAUCCUGAAAGAGGAAUUGAGGUCCUCACCAACAAAUGCUUGAUAAAGAUAUUCGACAAUGAUAAAUUUUGGAUGCACGAUCAACUCAUAGACAUGGGAAGGCAAAUCGUCCGUCAAGAAAAUCCAAGUAAUCUUGGCAAGCGGAGUAGGCUAUGGACCGCAAAUGAGGUCCUUGAAAUAAUAAAAAUCGAAGAGAGGAAGGACAAGGUUCAAGCACUUCAAAAAAAUGGACGGGACCACUCCAUAGAGAUAACAAAUGAAGACUUUGAAAGGUUUCCAAACCUAAGACUCCUCGAGUUACAGCAUGGAACUUUUGCUAGGGACUUUAAAAGGUGUCAUUCAAAUUUAAGAUGGUUUUUGUGGAGUUUUCCUCCUGAGAAGGAUUUUAGGGCAGACAAUUUGUAUUUGGAUCGGCUUGUUGUUUGUAAUUUUCAUUGUAUUGAUUUUGAGGAUGAUUCAAAAGCAUGGGACUUGAUCAAGAGGGCACGGGCUUUAAAACUUCUAUCAAUUACUUGGUGUUUGGGAAUAACGACAGUCCCAGACAUCUCUAGAUGCUUGAAUUUAGAGAGAUUGACUCUUGAAGGAUGCUUUGGUCUAAAGAGAAUUGAAAGCUUCAUUGGAAAUUUACAAUCGUUGAUUGAGUUAAAGAUCGAACAGUGUGAGCAUUUUAUGGAUUUGCCUGAAGAAAUUGGGAACCUAGUAAAGCUUCAGCAUUUCUCAUUGUCGAGAUGUAACAAGUUGAGAGAACUUCCAUGCUCAAUUGGGAAUUUGACCUCAUUGGCAGAAUUAAACUUAUCGGUAUGCGCCUUGCCAAACUUCUAA